AUGACUCAAACUCUGCUACAACUUCUCGCCGCUGCUAGGGAAGAAGAGGCAUCUCUGUCUCCGCGGCCUGCAACGGUGAGCGGUACCUCCGACACCGGAACUCCUACGUAUCUCCAAGAUUUGCCGGAAAGUUCGAAUGGCCGGUCUGAAAAUGAAAUGUCGCAAUCAGAGUCACCGAACGGAGAGAAUAAGCUCGCGGAAUCGUUCCUCGAUCCUAUGGUCAGUUCAAUCUCUGAAGCUGAGCCAUCAAAUUCGCUUUCGGAAACUGAAAAGGAGUCAACGUCGCCUGAGGAAGAGUUGGAUUCUCUGGAAAAAGACGGUCUGCAAUUGAUCGAAAAAUCGUUCGACUAUAUAGUCUUUAGUCCAUCUUCGAAAUCCGAUGAGAAAUCUCUAAUUUCUGAUUCGGAUGAAUUAAAAGAGAAACCAAUGAAACCAUCGGAUUCUUCAGAGAAUGUAGAGUUAUCAAAAUCUAAGGGGAAGAAGAGUGUGACAAUGAGCGACGAGGACGUGGCAUUUUCCGAGAAUCCGAGUUUGACGAAGAUCGCGACGCUGAGGCCGUAUCCGAGUGUUAGCACGAACCUUGACUUUUUGGAUUUGAUAGACAAUUCGCCGAACGGUUGUGCUAUGAUGGAGGAGGCCUGGGAGAGGCUCAAGAAAUCCUACGUGUACUUCAAAGGACAGCCCGUGGGGACGCUCGCGGCUAUGGAUCCAAGCGCUGAGGAUUUGAACUACAAUCAGGUUUUCGUGAGAGAUUUUGUUCCUAGUGGCUUAGCUUGCCUGAUGAGAAACGAACAUGAUAUUGUAAAACAUUUCCUUUUGAAGACCCUCCACCUCCAAGGUUGGGAGAAGAGGAUUGACAACUUUACUCUUGGAGAAGGGGUGAUGCCUGCAAGUUUCAAAGUUCUCUUUGACCCUCACCGUCAAAAGGAAAUUUUGGUCGCAGAUUUUGGUGGCAGUGCAAUUGGAAGGGUUGCACCAGUUGAUUCAGGGUUCUGGUGGAUUAUACUUCUAAGAUCAUAUACCAAGUGCACGCAUGAUCAUACAUUGGCAGAUCGUCCUGAGGUACAGAGGGGAAUGAAAUUAAUACUCAAUCUUUGCCUGUCGGAUGGCUUUGAUACUUUCCCAACACUUCUAUGUGCAGAUGGCUGUAGCAUGAUUGACAGGAGGAUGGGAAUAUAUGGGUAUCCAAUUGAGAUACAGGCCCUAUUUUAUUUUGCACUAAGGUGUGCGAGGCAGAUGCUGAAAGCAGAGCGUGAUGGUAAGGAAUUGAUUGAGAGAAUUGAUAAGCGGAUCAAAGCUCUCAGCUUUCACAUCCAGAAGUACUAUUGGCUCGACUUUACACAAUUGAAUAACAUAUACCGGUACAAAACUGAGGAGUACUCACACACUGCUGUCAAUAAAUUUAAUGUCAUCCCAGAGUCUAUUCCAGAUUGGGUGUUUGAUUUUAUGCCCUUGCGAGGAGGGUAUUUGAUUGGCAAUGUCAGCCCAGCUCGAAUGGACUUUCGAUGGUUUUUAGUUGGAAAUUGCAUUGCCAUUUUGAGUUGUCUAGCCACAAGUGCACAAGCUACUGCAAUAAUGGAUCUUGUUGAGGAGCGAUGGGAGGACUUGGUUGGGGAGAUGCCUUUGAAGAUAGUUUACCCAGCAUUGGAAGGACAUGAAUGGAGAUCUGUCACAGGUUUUGAUCCAAAGAACACACGGUGGAGUUACCAUAACGGAGGAUCCUGGCCAGUUUUGCUAUGGCUACUUACAGCAGCAUGCAUCAAGACUGGAAGGCCUCAAAUUGCAAAGCGGGCGAUUGAGCUGGCAGAGCAACGCCUUUCCAAGGAUGGCUGGCCUGAGUAUUAUGAUGGUAAGACUGGGCGUUACAUUGGAAAGCAAGCUAGGAAGUACCAGACAUGGAGCAUUUCCGGCUACCUGGUGGCUAAGAUGAUGAUUGAGAAUCCUGCCAAUCUCCUUAUAUCUCUUGAAGAGGACAAGAGGAUAGCUAACAGCACGCAUACCCGUUCUGCUUCAUAUUAAGUA